CCGUGGGAAUGACAGAGCUGCGGUCAGAGGAAGAGGACCGAACUCGGCUCCCUCGCAGCUGGAUGGAGGCCGACGGCCGUGCCCGCACACAUCUGAAUUGUUGCCAUUGUCGAGCGUCGCAACUGCAGCCCAGUGACUGACUCGCUGGUAUCAGUUGCACACAUGACAGACGUUGGGAAGAUUUUUUUUUAGGAUUUUUUUUUUUUAUCAGCACGUGCGCAGCCGUACGCUAAAAAUGAUGGAGUCUAUUUUAGACACACUGACAACCGAUAAACUCUACCCACCCGGGGGCACCAACCUGUUGGACCUGGAGGAACUCAACGACGGAGAUUUCCUCACCAACGUGCCUUUCUCAGGUGACCAGAUGGACGACUUCAGCAGUGAAUUAUUCAGUAGUUUCUUUGAAGACCACCUGUUAGAGCGACCCCUGCUGGCAGACAGACUUUCUUUUCUCCACAUGGAUAUAGACAGCAGCCCAGAUGUCCAAGUAGAACACAGCUACUCUUUGAGUGAAGACUCUGCCCCCCAGAGCCCUGCCCUGUCAGUCAAGAUGGACCAAGACUCUGAAUUUGAAUGGAGCUUCAAUCAGGAUUUGUCAACCAUCUUAGUGAAACAGGAAGAGCCGGAUGUGGCUCAAAGGUCAGAUCCACAGCCCAUGGAAGGCCCUUCACUUAUCCUAAGCCCCGCCCCUGCACGUCAAGGGUCACUAUGGAGACACACAGCACAGCCUACGGAUGAUAUUAAGCCUGUUGCUAUUAAAGAUGAACCAAGAGAGAUAGAACAGUACCUCUCCCUGCCCAUUGGUACAAACAAGAUCCACAAUUUGCCCUUCAGUUUCUCAGCCCACAAUCUUCACAGCAGUUCCGCACCAUGCUUUUUCCCAGAUGAUGGCCUGCAGCUUCCACCAACUCCACCUAGCAGCAACCACGGUGACAGUGACAGCUCCCUGCCACCCUCCUCCCCUCACCUUGCUUUGGCCCCAUCUUCCCCACAGCAACAACAGAGGCUAGUGGGCCGCGACGCAGCUUCCUCCUCUUCAUCCACAGCCAUCUCGUCUUCACCUCUACUAACCGCGCCACAUAAACUGCAGGGUUCCGGACCCCUCUUACUGACAGAGGAAGAGAAGCGGACCCUUGUUGCUGAGGGAUACCCUGUACCUAAUAAACUUCCUCUCACCAAGAGUGAAGAGAAGGCGCUGAAGAGAGUUAGAAGAAAGAUAAAAAAUAAGAUCUCAGCUCAGGAGAGUCGGAGGAAGAAGAAAGAGUAUGUGGAAUGUCUGGAGAAAAAGGUGGAAAACUACACAUCAGAAAAUGGUGAACUGUGGAGAAAAGUAGAAAAUCUGGAGACGGCCAACAGAACACUUCUCCAACAGCUCCAGAAACUCCAAUCACAUAUUUCAGGGAAAGUUUUUCCUCGUACUUGUAAAAUGGCCUCAACUCAAACAGCGACAUGCCUCAUGAUGAUGGCAUUGUGUUUUGUCCUGGUGUUGGGCUCCUUCUCUCCUUGUUUCUCCCCCCUCUCCUUCAUCACUCAUGCCUCUUCUUCCUCCUUACAUACUUCUUCCCUACCUACUUCCCAGUCAGAGGACCUUUACACCACCAAUAAGGUCCGUUCCCGCAGCCUACUCUUCUUUGAUGAAGGGUCUCCACUGGACAUGACUCCUGCGACAUUACUAGUGGAGAGGCUGCGGUCUCUAAACCACAUCAAUACAAACCGCCACACACCUGAUAUCCACAGGAACCAGACUAGCAGGCCCAAGUUGGACCAGAGAAAAACUAAACCAAACAACGGUUCAGAAGUCUUCUGACAGCUUGGACCGCCCCUCCUGACACGGCACAUAUUAAAAAUAUAUUAUAAUGUGUGUGUGCAUUUGUGUGUGUAUAUGCAUGUGUUUAUACACAUAUAUAUAUAUAUAUAUAUAUAUAUAUAUAUAUAUGUGUGUGUGUGUGUGAAGAUCUCACAUUGUUAAUGACAUCAUAGAUUUCCCUCAUUCUAUUUAAGAACACAUUGACCUCCACAGUGAGUUUCUACUUCACCCUGUGCACUCCACUGGCAUAUUUAAUGUUUUGCCACUAACAUGUUUCAAAGGGAGCAUGCUUCUGUGCUGUGUCCUCCUACACAGGAAGCAAUUCUAUUGCUUUCUCCACUUGUAGCUGACACAUUUGGCCACUUACAAGACUCCAAAAGAAGUGUCAACUGAAGAAUGUCUUUAUCACACAGUUUGACACAUCACUAAACCAAUUCAUUUGUGGCUGUGAAAGCUUAAGAAGGGUUAACUCUGUAUUCCUUUUUGACCUAAAAGUUUCUACACUCAUAUUUUCCCAUUCAAUAGCUCUGAAAGGAGGGUGAAAAAUUUAACUGAAGUUUUUAUGGCAUUUAAAAGUGUAUGUGUAGAGUUGCAGCAUAAAAUGAGCAUAUUUAAAUUAUGCCACAAAAAAUAUGACACAUACUGCUUUCAAGUUUAGGUUAUACAAUAUUUUUUUGUUUUCUAAAUACUGUGAUUAAAAAGCACAAAAAUAAUAAUGUUGCUUCAUAAUAUAUCCCGAACAUCAAAUAAGAGCAUAUUUUAUUUAUGCAAAAAAAAAAAAAAAAGACAUUGGGAGUGUGUAAAGAUUUUAAGAUUUGGUUGGUGGCGUUUAGUUCAUUUGCUUUUCUGUGGGCAUCCAAAUUGGAAAAUGUCUUUUACUGGAAU